GUGCUCAGUCUCGGUCGGUGAGCCACCACGUGAGUGGCACGUGUCACAAGAGUGAACUGUAGGCCUACAACAGGUAUCUGCGUAGUGACGCGUGUGUCUCGUCCCGCUAGCUUAUCACUUGAACAGUGCCUCCUAAAUAUGGUGUAUAACAUAUUACAUAGUUUAUCUUUGUUGAAAUAUGUACAUCAAGGGAUGGAAUUAUACGAAGUCAAAGUGCGCGUGGAUGGCCAUCAUAGUAAUGGUACGAUAUAAGUAAGGUCAACAAACUCCUAGAAAAGACAUGCCUGCUCGGAGACAGUCAACCGUGGACGUGCAGUCGGGAAGAUGUAAUCCCAUUUACUGGCAGCUCGUGGAGAUUUUCUUCGCUGAAGCUGUUGGCACUGGAAUGUUGCUCUUUUUUGGGUGUAUGGGCGGUGUCUCCUUCAUGGAAGAUGUCCCUCUCCAUCCCCUUCAAGGCGCCAUCGUCUUCGCCGUCGUUGUUGCUACCAUAAUUCAGAUAUUUGGACACAUAAGCGCAGCGCACCUGAACCCUGCAGUGACGGUAGCCUUCAUGGUAUUGGGCCAGGUAUCACCUGGACUGGCGGUAGUCUACGUCUUCUCUGAGAUUGUGGGCGCUGUCCUGGGAUUCGGUCUGCUUAUGCUCCUGACGCCGCGAGACGUGCUCAGCUCGGCCAUGUCGACUGGCGUGGGUCUGUGCUGCACAGUUCCUCACACAGGACUCUCGGACGUGCAGGCGGUCGCUGUGGAGUUCUUCUCCACCUGUUUCCUCGUGAUGGUAGUGUGCGCCUGUGAGGAUCCUCGCAACGCCAACAAAGCCGACUCUACACCGCUCAAGUUUGGCUGCACAAUCCUCGCCCUCUCUAUUGCUGUGGGACCAUACACUGGAGCUAGUAUGAACCCUGUCAGAAGUCUGGGGCCUGCUUUGUGGAAUGGGCAGUGGAGGAGCCACUGGGUUUACUGGCUUGGGCCUGGUCUGGGUGGAUUCUUUACAGCGGUCUUCUAUCAAGCCAUAUUCAACAGGAACAAUGUCAAUGACGCAGCCCCUCUGGAGGAGGUCCCUCUCAACCAAGUGAAAGUGAACGUUCAAAGAACGAGUGAUAAGAAAGAGCAAAACUCGCAUUAACAGUUUGUUGAGGCAUCGCCUUUGUAACUUUCUGUAAAAACCUCAACUAAAUACCUUUAGGUAUUUAUCUAAGAAAAUGUAAGUUUAUACUUUUUAUAAGUACAGUAUAACACGAAUUAUACUGAAUGUGAACUUUUACUGAAGUAAUGCUCGGGAAUCAUAAUAUUUUAGUUAUGAUUCAUAUACGAAAGCACUUACAGAAAUGUUUUUUUUAGGAACCUCACUAACUGAAUAAAAGGAAAUCCAGAUUCCUGAUAUUACUGUCAUUAUUUACGAGUAUGUUAAAUGUAUUCACAUAGAGAAUCUUUUAUUAAACGAUGUUAUGCAUACUAAACAAACUAGUUGCAGUGUAAAACUAGAAUAAAUAUCAAGUAUUCCAUUAUAUGCAUUGAUAUAAAACCUACAAAAUGUUUAAAAUAAAUUUAAUUUAAUUUACAAUAAGUUUUGAAGUAUUUACUAAUAUUUUUGCAAGCAUUUAAAUUUACUUCUUUAUUUCACGCCAUGUUCUUCAAGAGUAGUUUAUAUAAUCAUUAGAAGUUAUUGUUUUAAGGCUUCGUGAAUCCAUUGAUAAAUUUACAGUAUAUUCAUGUAUUUAAAAGAGAACUUGAACUUUCAGUAAUCUGUCAUGAAGGUGGUUUAAACAAACCUCAGUUAUAGUUAAACAUUUAGUCAUAAGAAACUACGUCUUUCCAUCCCACUUAUCUCAUUGCACACUUUAACACGAGUUAAAUAUUGAAUUAAAUCAUAAUAAUAUACGUAAUUGCAAAAUUUUGUUUCUGCUUUAUUAAAACGCCUUGAAACAGAUAGUACUAAAAACUAAAAGACUGACUUUACAAAUGGAUUUUGCUAUUUUAUAGUAUAUGUAUGUAGUGUAAAUGAUUGUAAAAAUAGUGUAGAAAGAAUAAGAUUUUAUAAGCAAUGUUAUAUAAUAUAAUUUAGAUUAACUAUAUAAACAAUAAGUUGUAUAUAACAACGAAUUAUUAAAUGUGAAAAUGAAUUAAUUAAAUGACAUUUGUUUUGUUG